AUGGCUACUGCACCUGCACCACCGCCACGCACCAAACUCGGUCAGCAUCGUCUCCUUUGUCCCAAUGCGCCCAUACUCGUCUCUCCCGUCUGCCUGGGGGCGAUGGGCUUCGGCCAAAGAUUAUGGGGUGCGGCCAUGGGUGGUUGCAACAAAGAAACCAGCUAUGAGAUCCUCGACCGCUUCCAUGAUGCUGGUGGCAACUUCAUUGACACUGCCAACUUCUACAUGGGUGGGGAGUCGGAAGAGUGGCUUGGGGACUGGAUGGCAGAUCGCGGAGUCAGAGACCAGAUGAUCAUCGCCACCAAGUUCGCGCUGCCCUUCAAAUUCCCGGAGCAAUUUCCAGAGGGAACCAUCACGUCCAACUUUGGCGGCGCCAACAGAAAGAGCCUGCGCCUCUCACUCGCAGAGAGCCUUCAGCGAAUGAGGACAGACUAUGUCGACAUCCUCUACGUUCAUGCCUGGGACGGAGUGACCAACAUCCCCGAGUUGAUGCGAUCGCUUGACGAUGUUGUAAAGCAAGGCAAGGUCCUGUACCUGGGCAUAUCCAACUGGCCGGCCUGGCUGGUCGUCAAGGCCAAUGACUAUGCCCGCCAGCAUUGCUUGACCCCGUUUGUGGUCUACGAAGGGUUGUGGAACGUUGUGGCCCGGGAUAUUGAGAGAGACAUAGUCCCCAUGUGCAAGGCCGAAGGGAUGGCCAUCACCGUGUGGGAAGCAAUGGGCGCUGGCAAGUUCAAAACCAAGGCCGAAAAGGCCGAAAAGGGAGGGAGGCCCGCGUAUGAUCUCUCUGGAAAGGGGCUGGAGGCCUAUGAGCGCGCCACUGCAGCUUUGGAACGGGUCGCGAAGAGGAAGGGCACAAACGCUGUUGGGGUUGCUUUGAGAUACGUCACAUUGAAGGAGCCGUACGUGUUCCCAAUCAUUGGGUGUCGGAAAAUCGAGCAACUCCAGGCCAAUAUCGAGAAUUUGAGCGUCAAGCUCAGCGAAGACGACAUGCGAGAGAUCGAGGAAGCAGUUCCGAUCGACCUGGGCUAUCCUCACGCGUUUCUGUCGGGUCUGGCUGACAAGCAUGUUGGGCCGACGAGACCAUCAAAACUUGAGGUGCGCUGGGGAGGUUUUGAAGGCGUGGAAGAACCAAAGCUUCUUUCAACUCAACAAGUCGCGAACACGAGCCAAUCGGAGCAGGACGCAGAUGAUUUCAAUCUCCAUGCUGAUAGGAAAUGCCAAAUAUUUCCUACUUCAAGAUUGGACGCUGGAGAAAGUCGUAUCUGUGAACAGCUCAGAGCUGCUCUCCCCCCCUACAACGCACUGAGACAAUGUUUCUCUGGAGACACCAAAUGGUGGGAUUUCUGGCAUAUCAAGACAUUUGGGCCAGAUGCUCCUAAGGAGAGCAUCCUGCAGUUUCUAGAACGAGUCUACAUGAUCGGUACUCCGAUAGAACUCGGCUUCCUUGUCUCAUCCUACGGUCGUCAUCAUGCCGCCGAGGCUUCAGAGUAUCUUGCGGUGGUUGAUCGUCUUGUUCUCGCAAGCGACCGAUUUGCAAGGAGCGUCGAGGGACUCCUUCUGGCAGUUUUCCACGCCAAGGUCUAUCUCGAUAAUCUGCACCGCAACUAUUCGAGCUCCCACAGACGGAGUGCUGCUUGGUGGACACUCUAUCUCGGUGAUCGGUUCUUGUCCAUCCUGCUCGGUCUGCCGUAUUCUAUCUCGGACAACUCCUUCAUUGUCACGUACGCAAGUGAAACAAGCCAGCUUGGCUACGCAACGCUGCCUUUUGCGAUCCGCUUAGGCAUGAUCACAGGCCGCGUCAUUGACCAGGUGCAGAGUCGCAAAGGCCCGAAAUUUUCUGAGAUCGUGGACAUCGAUGACGAGCUCACCACCCUAGCGAGCACAAAACCAAGGCAUUGGUGGGACCACAAGAUCACCGCAGACGCUUGCUCGACCGACCUGAAUGAAUCACGAGAAAGGCUGAUAUGUCAGACACAAUACUUCCUCACCAGGAUAUACUUGCAUCUACCAUAUCUCCUCAAGUCGCCGACAUCCCACCUCUACGUGAGCAGCAGGUUGACGGCGAUCGAGUCUGCAAGAGAACUGCUGAAGCGUUAUCAAGUUUUGAGAUCUUAUGUUGACGGCAGCCCCAUUUUUGAUUGUCAGUCGCUUGACUUUGUCGGUUUUAUGGCUGCAGUCAUACUGGUCGUUGCAGCGUUCUGUGGCUCGGGAGAUCAUCUUCUGCCGGAUGAUAUGGAGCUAAGCAACGAAACCCUGAAAACUUUGCAGAGAGUGGCGGAAAACAGGGUCAAUGGUCUCGCCCGUCAAUGUCAGAAAACUCUAGCUACAUUGCUAGUGCUGGCUCAAGAGGAAGACUCCUUGAACUGUGCAGUCCCACCGAGGAUAAAAAUCCCUUAUUUUGGAACUCUCUACGUGGCUUUGGAGCGGCACUUGAAGUCCAGCAGCCUAAAGACGUCGCGCGAUCAUGGGUCUUCACCAGCAUAUCCAGGCUGUCUUGUCAACUCUUCGAGCAGUGGUAUGCCUAGUGCUGAUCUCAAUCCUCAAUCUCCAAAAAUCACUUAUGAGGGUAUGUAUAGCUUUGACUCCGACUUGCCUUGGGCACAGGAUGAGUUUCAAGCGGUCUCUGGCUCUCUUGACUUCAUGACGGAUCUGGAUCAAGGCUGGGAAUCAUUCUUCAAUUCACAGGCAUCCAGUGAGAUGCCGUCUGCCGAGUCUCUAUUUUUCGAUUGA